GAAAAGGAGGUACUGAGGGUGAUGCACAGCAUCUCAGAGAACUGACUGGGGAGGAAGCCGAUUGUGAAGUACAGAGUUUAGAGUGGAGUGGAACAUCUGGAUAAGAAUGCUACUGACUGGCAUCUCCAAGCUAGUCACUCUGCAGAGAGCGCUGACCUGCAGUUUCCCUAAAUCACUGCAGGUGUCUGGAGCUUUGUAUAAUAUGAUGAACGGAAACCCUUUCAGGCUACAAGUAUUGGUGGACCGAUGGCCAGACUUCACUUCUGUCGUAUGUCGCCCCCCACUGGAGGAAACGAUGGAGCCCUUGGACCCUUAUAAUGAUGCUUAUUUCCUGUUCAGUAAACACCCAGAAAGUCUGUUCCAGAUGCUUCAUGAUCCCCAAAUAAUAAACUGGAACAAGGAUGUUCAUAUAGAAGUGUGCCAACCAGCACUAUGGGACAUGCUGCACACAAUUGGUUCCAAACAUGGAAGACAGAUGCAGACACUCCGUUUCCUCUUAUGCGUGAGAGAUGAAAUGGACAGCGAGGAACUGGAGCAGAUCAGCAAUGUAAGCACAGGUGAUCUGAUCUAUACAUCACUGUUGCCACAGGAUGCAGCCCUCAAUAAGUGGGAGUAUGGCAGAAAUGAGCGCAGUCUGAAAUAUGUGGAAAGCUGCAUUAAGAACUUCCCUACUAUAUGUGUUAGGAAAAAAGGAUUGGAGCAGCCAAUCGCCUGGUUAGCUACUGACAAAUCUGCGGAGAUAUGUAUGGGGUAUACGGACCCAGCCUACAGGAAUCUGGGGAUUGCACGUACAAUGAUACUGAAACUCUCUGCUGCCAAUUACAAAAGAGGAGCACCUAUCUAUGCAGCUGCUAGUGCAGAUAAUAAGCAAAUACUGGCUGUGGCGAGAAACACAAAAUUCCAAGUUAGAGGUGAAAUAUUAGUUGCUACUAACUUCCAGUAUAAAAGUUUACCUGCCAAUUAAUAAGAAAUGUAUCAUCCCAUUUCCAGUACCUUUGCAUAAACUAGCACCUCUUACUUCUGAGAUGUCCUUGUGUCUGGAGAUUAUGGCUACAAAACAGAGAGAAUAGGAAUGAUGGAAGUUGUUUCAAGACAAAAAAAAGAUUAACUUGCUAAAUAUAUGAAAUAGAAAACUCUCAUCUCAUUUCUUGCUGGAAAAACUUUUAUUGUUUACAUUAUUUAGUUAUUUGCUCACAUAAUAGUCUUCUAUGUUCCAUUUCUCGCUGCUUAAAUUCAAAUGUAGAUGCACCAUCAUAUGUACAGGUACAGCUAUAGCUAGCAUUACCAUGACCCUCUUACUAUAAGAGACUGUGGCAAACAUUAAGGGGCCAAUUUAACAAGCAGUGAUAACCCAUUUUUCAGGCAUUUUCAUCUGAAAUAGGAUUUAUCACUGCUUCAGGCAAUUUACCAAUAGGGAUACCAUAGAAAAAUCGCUGUGCACAUCAUCAUAUCUCCAUAGAUGGGUAUGGAGACUUCGAUGUCUGAACAAUUUAUAAAAGUGUUAUAAGCUCUGUUUGUUGCAGAUUUUGAAAAUAACAUUGCUCCAUUUUAGGAUGAUGUUAUGGAUGCUUACUGUGCAGUCCAGCGUCUGAAGUCCUCCUCAGCUGUAAUGCAAAUGCAUGCUCUUCAGCAGUGCUAUUUUUGUAGAAAAAUAGGUUCAGGAACUCCCAGGGGUGGGCAGAGCUGUGGGGAAAUGUGGGAGGAGCUACAGUGGGUGGGGCAUCUUUGUAAGAAUAAAGCCUUUUCCUAUGUACGAAAACAAAAAUUGUGCACACCUACGGGGCGUGGCCUUGCUGCAAUGGCCAUGGCCUUGCAGAAAAAGACUACCUUAUACCCCAGUUUUGCAAAAUGCACACCCAGACAUUGGCCACCACUGGAGAAAUAAAUAUCCUAAUUCAUGCUCAUUACAUUAUUUGUCAUUUUUCAUCUUUAUGCACAUAUUUUUUUAUCUUUAUUACAGUCUGUGGCACAAUAUGCCACACACCGUAAUGCCCAUUACACAUUGUGCCACACCGUAAUGCCCUUUACACAUUAUGCCACACACCGUAAUACCCACUACACAUUAUGCCACACCGUAAUGCCAUUACACAAUGACACACCGUAAUGCCCAUUACACAAUUUGCCACACACUGUAUCCCCAUUACACAAUAUGCCACACACCGUAAUGCCCAUUACACGUUAUGUCACAAACCGUAAUGCCCAUUACACAAUGACACACCAUAAUGCCCAUUACACAUUAUGCCACACACUGUAAUGCCCAUUACACAGUAAUACACCAUAAUACCCAUUACACAAUAUGACACACACUGUAUUGCCUAUUACACAAUAUUUCACACACCGCAUUGCUUAUUAGACAAUAUGCCAGACACCGUAAUGCAUAUUACAAAUUAUAACACAUACCAUAAUGCCCAUUGCACAUUAUGCCACACACCGUAUUGCCCGUUACGCAAUAUGCCACACACAGUAUAGCUCAUUGCACAAUAUGCCACACACCAUAAUGCCAAUGAUACAUUACGCCAUAUACCAUAAUUCUGAUUACACAAUAUGCCACACACAGUUAUGCCCCACACACAAUAAUGCCACUUACAAAUUAUUCCCCACAGUAAGGGUUAUUACUUUUAAAUUAUCUGCUCAUUGCCAGGGGUUUCAUGCUCUGGCUUCCAUACUCGCUGCCAGGGAUUUCCCUGCUCACUGCCAGGGGUCUCAUGAUCGAUCCACGGGGUUUCCUGCUUGUUGCCAAGGGGUCUCCUGCUCGUUGCCAAGGGUUUCCUGCUUGUUGCCAAAGGCUUUUCUGCUCUCUCUUAGGAGUCUCAUGCUCUUUGUCAAGGGGUUUCCCUACUCACUACCAGGGGUCUCAUGCUCAUUGCCAAGGGGUUUCAUUGCUCAUUGCUAAGGGUUUCAUGCCCAUUGCCAAGGAGUUUCCCUGCUCACUGCCAGGGAUCUCACGCUCGUUGCCAAGGUGUUUCCUGCUUGUUGCCAGGGGACUCAUGCUCAUUGCAAAGGGGUUUCCUUGCUCACUGCCAGGGGUCUUAUUCUCGUUGCCAAAGGAUUUCCUGCUCAUUGCCUAGGGGUUUCCUGCUCUACAGAAAGUUCUGGGAACUGUAGGGGAGCUGUAGUGGCUUGGGAGCACUGUGGGGAGCCCACUGUGUAAAAAAAGGCCCACCCAAAUAGCCACCACGGAGCAGGAGACAGAUGCUAGAGAUCCUACUUGACUUCUAGUGUCUGUCUCAAGCUCCACGGUAACUAUUUUGGGUGGGCUUUUUUUACACAGUCGGCUCCUCCGCAGCUCCUGGUGCUCCUAAGCCACUACUGGGGCUGCGGGGGCUAACUCUAUGCAACCUCCGCACCUGCCCGCACCCACCUACAUUUAAAAAAAAAAAAACUUUUGUAUUUCCUGUACACUACCGAGAGUAUUACUACGUUCUAUGCCAGGAACAUACCAAGCGCUUAAAAAUAUAAUAUUGCUCAUUGUGUACUUAAUAUAAAAUGAGCAAAUGUUGUGUUUAUAUAAUUCAAGGUGACAAUGUGCUCUAACUGACCUCAGAAAAUAAAAAAAAACAAAAU